GGAUUGCGGCCAGCAUUAGUUGACCACCGCUCAUCAUGUUGCUUCAAUCGGCGGCGGGCUGGAGCCUCGCUCUCGUGGCCCUCGUGGCCUUGACGUCGCUGCGGGCGGUCAACGCGGAGGAGGCGGUUGCGCAGCAAGUCAAUGCCGAGGAAUUUGAGACGCUGCGCCAGCAGACAGCGCUCUUUGUCAAGUUUUAUGCGCCCUGGUGCGGUCACUGCAAGCAGUUGGCGCCGACUUGGGACAAGCUCAAUGGCCUCAUUCCUGAUGAUUUGGCUGUCAACGUGGUCAAAGUGGAUUGUACUCAACACGGCAGUAACAAGCCUCUGAUUGCGCGCGUGAGCUCAAAGGACGACCUUGCCACCCGCCUGGUCGCGGCCAAGACAACGCCUUUUGUGCUGUUCGUGCAAGACAAAGCACCUGCCACGGCCCUCGAACGCGCUGCCGGUGAUAUGCUGCCCAACGUGGCCUGCGCUGUGGCCACGCCUGCUGUUGUUGCGGAUGCGGGCCUGUCGCUGACGCCCGGCAUUUAUCUCUGCAAGGAUGAGGAAACCUUGACUUACACCGGUGAACCCGAGAAUCUGGCAGACUGGGCUUUGUUGCACCGUUUCCCGCGCGUCUUUGAGUUCAACUCGCAGAAUGCACGUGGUUUUUAUGGAAACAAGAAUCCGCCCAGCGUGGCCGUGCUCCUGGUGGAAGACGCCGAUUCCACAGGGGCCGCGCAGGCUUUGAAGCUGGCCAACGUCAUUGAGGACCAACAAUUUGCUUUCAUGCAACCCAAAAUGAUCCCCUUUCUCGUGAACAAAAUCUGGCAGGCAGACACAAACCAGCUGCCCAUUUUGGUGGUUCAUGAUCAAGCAAACAUGGUCUUCUUCAUGUAUGACGGCGAUGUUGCUGAUACGGCGGCCGUUCAAGCUUUCUUGGCCGACGUCAAGGCUGGCAAGGUUGAGGGCAGCAGCAUCAAUUCAAGUAGCCGCUUUUUGGAAAAGCAACUGCAGUCCAUCAUGGCCGGUUUUGUGUACCUCCGGGACGAGCAACCCAUCUUGAUGGGUGUGACCCUAUUCUGUGCCAUGUGCGCCAUGAUCGUUGCCUUUCAGGCCCUGUUCCGUGAGGACAAGGCUCAAGCCAAGGUGGAACAAGCCGCCAAGUCGGCUCAGAGCAAGAAGGCCGACUAGAGAGCAGAAGUCGGUGCCCAGGGAAGGAGUGAAGUUCAAGGAUUUGUUGCAGAGGCACCGGUGGUACCGGUGCUGAUACUUUCGCUUCCCUACACAUCAAUCCAUCCAGAUACCUUC